AUGGACCCCAUGAAAGCUACCCUUCCGUCGGCCAUAAUCGAGUCUGUGAUUGACGCUCAGGUGGUGGACAGUCGACCCAAACAACCAUCAGAUGAUAGGAAACAGUCGAUAAACGCCUCUCGAGUGCCAACAACUACUUCAAAGACAUUGAUAGACCCGAACUCUUCAGACAUUCCAUCAAAUACUGAUGUAUCGACUGCUGAGCUACCGGUUCCCACAGAAAUGCUAUUCCAGUGCGAUAUCUGUCAUAAAGACUUCAACUCAUUGCCUACUUUCAAGAAACAUAACAAAGCCUUUCAUUCAGUACUCAAGUUAUACGUAUGCAGUCGUGCGAAGUGUAGGUAUGGAUGCAAUAGUAGUGAAGGGUUUAGUAAUCACUUGCGAGAGGGUCACCACAUUGCUGAUGACUUCCUACCGGUGCUCAACACUUCACCGCGUGUUACAAACAUGGCUGCGACUGAUAUACAACAGCCGGUGAUAAUUAGCUCCUCGUCGCCGAUCAUUUCCAUCCCUCAAACGAAUUCAAUCAAUAAUUCCAAUGAAUCCAUUGAAGACAAUACUGUUGAUACCGGCGCCCAAACAAGUAGUCAUACAUUAGAAUCUCAUGUGAAUACCACAACUGAUGAGCUGACAGUGACUCCAGAAAAGCCAUUUAAAUGUGAUGUCAAUAGUUGUGACCAAAGUUAUAGAAAUGAGGUGACGCUCAUUGGACACAAGUGGAGUGUCCAUCGCAUACCGGACCCCAAACGCAAACAAACCGCUAAAUCCCAGCAAAUGAGUCGUAAGAACAACAAUAAGCCAAUGGAUGCCAACACUUCUCACAAUAAAAGUAAGUCGACUAUCGGGCCAAAGGGCAUACCAUUUACGUGUGCUUUUUGUUGGAAAAAAUUUGAUAACGAGACCGCACUUACCGGUCACACCAAAGCCAAUCACACGCCAGUAAAGUCUCGGGUAUCUAAUGUUAGUAAGACUACUGGCGCUUCAGUGCCCACCACUAGCACUGACAAACAUCCGAUGCCGAUACUAAGUACCGUUCCCACCACUUCCAAUAGUUAUACGAGUCAUAUGUCCAAACCAAUUAAUACGUGGCGUAUACCUAAACGUAUACUUAACACUAGAUCUGCCAAUGAAUGCAUACCAGUGCCUACAACAUCAUCGAUAGAAACUGAAAGCGAAGCACCGGUAGCUAAGAAGCCUAAAAUAACUACCUGUUCGCAGAAUACCGGCUCAUUAGUUAAUUUGGCGACGAAAAACAUAUCAAAGAUUUUCAACAAAAAGACUUUUGGUUGUGAUUUAUGUGAUAAAGUGUUGGAUACGUCGGUCGCGCUCACGGACCAUAUGGUGGCCAAUCACGGGUUCGGUGUCAAUGACCCCCAGGGGUCAGGCACUCAGGGUUUGGCCACUGAUGAGCCGCAAAAUGCGUUCAAAUGUAAGGAAUGCGACAAAGAGUUUGAUACCAUAUUUGAUAGGAAACGACACCAAAAGGCAGCCCAUAGCGGGUCCGUACUGUAUAAGUGUUGGAAUGGGUGUCCCGAAAGGUUUAGCACCCAAUCGGCACUCGAUUCUCACAAACGUAGCGCACAUUCACUGCCACCUGAGGAUAGCCGUAACCCUAGUGUCCCCUCCACUUCACACAAUGAGUCUACUAAUGAUGGGUCGACUACUAGACCACCAAAUAAGGGCCCGAAAGGGAAGUUCUCGUGUUGUGGUCAGGCUUUUCAUGCCUAUAAAGCCCUGUCCACUCACAUCAGAAUCGCUCACAUGAAAGUAGGUUCUCGUGUGUCGGCCACUGAUAAAACGGCUGUUCCUCUGCCUUAUGUUUGCGAUGUUAACGACUGUGGCAAUAGGUUUAGCAGUGAAUCGCUGUUAGAUCUACACAAACGGAGCCUACAUUCACAACAAAUACCACAUGAAGAUUGCUAUAAUUCAAGGAAUGCCAAUGUUUUUCAUGAGCACAGCCCUUCAAACGCCGGCAGUAUUGCUACGAAUGUGAUGUCUGAUCUCAGGCUCCCUUUCCCACCAGAUCAUACCAGUCCCAGAGAUUUGACAUCCGAGUCCCCUAUUGAUACGCAUAAUAUAGGCAUAGAUUGCCGCGAAUCCGUCGGUAACACUGCGUUUCGCUGUCAAUACAGAGACUGUGAACUCGUUUUUGACAAUAAAGAUGCUUUCGAUACUCAUUUACGGUUCCGACACCGC